AUGGCGGCGCAUCCCCCGCCGACUUCGAGCUCCCACCGUUCCGAUCCUACAUCCAGCCGAUCCCGAGGCAGCACCACCGGCUCCGCGUCCGGCUCGUCGCUACGGCCGGCGCCACGGACACUCCCACCAUGGAUCGACUCCUACCAAUCCCGCUUCGGCGCCCCAAGCGAAGACCAACUGCGCUCCCUAAGCGCACCCCCUCCGCGAACCCUCGCCCCUCAACCUACCCAAACUCCAAACCCGCAUUCUGGCAUCGGCGACCCCCUCCAGCGCCGCGUCUCCCGCGACGGCUUCGUCUACGAGAACCAGCCAUCCCUCACGCCUCGCGAUACACGCCGCGCCAAAGCCCGCUUACGCAAACUCUUCUUCAAGCGCCGCGACGGUUCCGAGCGCGGGCGCAAAUGGGACCAUCUGCGGUCCGCAGAGCCGGUGAUCGUCCCGCGGUAUACCCGGAUGACAGGCAACGACUCCCCCUGGAGGGGAUACCUCCAGUCGUCGCGGUACGGGAGGCUGCCGAACGAGGAGUCGGAGAUUGUGGAGCCCGAGUGGCUGAAUCAGUUGCAGCCCAGGUUUAAUGAGCCAGUUGAGACGCCACAUCCGACGAAGGAGAAUGGAAACGGGAAUGGCGGGGAUGGGAAGGGGCAGGGUACGAGGACGAGGAGGUCAUAUAAGCGGUUGUGGAGGAUGAUGCUGGAACAUCCGUUGAUACCGCUAGCCUUCAGGCUGACCGUGCUGCUCACCUCCAUCGUGGCGCUCGCGCUGUCAGCCAAGAUCUACCAGCUUGAGCAUGGCCGGCCGCGGCCGGGUACGUCGGCGCACUCGGCUGAGCUGACGCAGUCGGUGGUGGCGAUUGUUGUCGACACCGUGGCCAUGCCGUACAUCGGAUACAUGACGUGGGACGAGUACACGGGCAAGCCGCUGGGCUUGCGGAAGGCUACUCAAAAAAUCUCACUAGUGCUGAUGGAUCUGUUUUUCAUUAUCUUCAAGAGCGCCAGCACCGCCCUCGCUUUUGAGGCGCUCGUGUUCCAUAACUCGGCCGAUCGCGUCACGAGGGCGUAUAGUCAGGCGCUUGCGGCUUUUCAAUUGGUCGGAUUGAUAUCGUGGAGUUUUACGUUUACCGUGAAUGUGUUUAGGCUGGUGCAGAAGUUGGGAGGUGGGGAGGAUGAUCGGGGGUAG